AUGAAUGCUCAAAUGUUGAAAGAAAACGAAAUCAAUGAUAUGAUUUUAAAUUUAAUAGACAAGAAAAAAGAAGUUUUACCUAAGAGAAAAAAAAUUAAAAAAAAUGCAAAAAAGGAAAACUUUGAUAAAAACCAAAUGAAAAGUAAUGUAGACGCUUUUUUCAAAGAGCAAGAGCAAAUAUACAAAAGUGAAGAGACGAAUACAAUGGAAUACAUAAUUAACGAGGCAAAGGAUAAGGAAAAAGAACUAAAUGACUAUUAUACGUAUUGCCAAAACUUUAAAAAGGAUUAUAACAACAAUUUCAAUGAUGUUAUUAAGCAUUCGGAGGAAAUUAAGAAAGAGCUUAAAGACCUGCACAUUGAGUAUAUAGAUAACAAAAUACUCCUGGAGAAUAAAAGGAAAAUGGAGUUGGAUGGCAUGUUCAAUUUUUACAAAGAGAAACUACUAGACAUUAAAAGGCAGUGGGAUAAUAAAACCUUUUGCGACGAAAAUUUAAAAAAUAUAGUUUAUGAUAUAUUAAGCGUAAUAAAUUGA